AUGGGCUCGACUGCCGCCGUCACGUCUUCCAACUAUGGCGUGAACCCGGGACCUGGGAAAGCGAAACUGCACGGGCGAGCCUUCUACGAAAGCCUUGGGAGCCCGAAACACGUUCUCGCGCCUAUGGUGGCUCAAUCCGAGUUUGCGUGGCGAAUGUUGACACGAUCGUUUAUUGCGCCGUCCGACCAAUCCAACCUUCUGGCUUACUCGCCCAUGCUUCAUGCGCGCCUCUACGCUGAGAAGGAGCCAUACCGCCAGAACACAUUUCAACCUACCCGAUCGCCCUGUCCUUCCUCCUCUUCUCCAUCUUCUGCCACAGCGAACGGUACACCACCCCCCUGGCUUGACGGGAAUCCUUCCAUCGACCGCCCUCUGUUCGUCCAGUUUUGCGCAAACGAUCCGGAUAUCUUGCUGGAGGCCGCCAAGCGUGUGGCGCCCUACUGCGACGCCGUCGACCUCAACCUCGGCUGUCCCCAGGGCAUCGCCCGCAAGGGCCACUACGGCGCCUUCCUGCAGGAGGACCAAGAGCUGAUCUACCGCCUCAUCAACACGCUACACCGCAACCUCGACAUCCCCGUGACAGCCAAGAUCCGCAUCCUCGAAACGCGCGAGGCCACCCUCGCCUACGCCAAGAAGGUGCUCAACGCCGGCGCCAGCAUCCUCACCGUCCACGGCCGCCGCCGCGAGCAAAAGGGCCACCUCACCGGCCUCGCCGACUGGAGCACCAUCCGCUGGCUGCGCGGCCAGCUGCCGCCCGAAACCGUCCUGUUCGCCAACGGCAACAUCCUGCAGCACGCCGACCUCGCCCGCUGCCUCGAGGCCACCGGCGCCGACGCCGUCAUGAGCGCCGAAGGAAACCUCAGCGACCCGGGCCUGUUCGCCGCCCCGCCGCCCCCCGGUCAGGAGGGCCGCGAGUACUGGCGCGGCCGUGACGGCCGCGGCGGGUGGCGCGUCGACGCCGUAUUUCGCCGCUACCUCGAUAUCCUCCACCGUUUCGUCGCCGAGCAGGACCCCCCGGCGCGUCGCCCGCUCUUCGUCCCCGGGGACGAUACCGCUUGGAUGGACGAGAUGGACGCCGCGGCCGCCGAGGCGGAGGAGCCGGCGCGCAAAAAGCAGAAACGCAGUGGCGCUGACGGGAAGAACAACAACAACAACAACAAGAAGAAGAAGAAGAAGAGAGACAAUGGGCCGCUGGGCCCCAAUCUCAUGGGGAUGCAGCCGCACAUGUUCCACCUCCUGCGGCACUUGGUGACGAGGCACACCGACAUUCGGGACAUGCUGGCGCGGACUAGCAAUGGGGACCUCGAAGCCUACGAGACGAUCCUCACCGCCGUGGAACGUAAGGUGGCGGACGGGCUGCUCGAGUAUGAGCGUACCGGGGGUCGUAUGUUCGACGACGGGGAAGACGAAGGCGGGAGGACACCGAAAACAAACGGGACGUCUACGUGUACUACCACUUCACCCGACGGAGAAACCGCGACGAAAGACGCCGUUUCGUCCGCUGCGGGGGGUGGCCAGGACCCACCACCACCGAACGGUUCCCAACAAAACGGCCUCGAGGGUGGUACAGCUGCCGGAGAAGGGAAAAGCAAUGGUAAAGGCCAAGGCGAGGACGAGGGCGAAGAAAGCUCCGCGGCGGCGGUCCGAAGGUGUCGACGGCCUUGGUGGGUCGCCCAGCCCAUCGUGCGCCCUCUUCCCAGGGAGGCCAUGGCCAAGGGCGCGAUACAGCUGAGCAAGAAGGAUAAAGAGAAGUUGCUUGCGGAAGAAGAGGAGAAGAAGAAGGCCUCGAAGAAUGGGACGCUCAAACCAUCUGACGAGGGCUCGGCGGCUGUGAGCGUGAUUGACGUUGAGGCGAGAGUCCUUGAGACGGAUGACAAGCUCCUGGCAGGGUAG